ACAAAAUUCGAAUUUUCAAACAGGAAUCACUUCGGCAGAGAAAGUGUUUAGUUUAGCAAUUGCAGAGUUUAGGUGGUUUAAAAGUUGCUAGUUUUCACUGUAUUUCUUACAUUAUCGUAAGCACAAAACAUAAGAAGAAUGGCUGAUCCGCUGAAGGCCUUUUUGGAAAACAAGCCACUGGAGAAGACAAAGAAAGAUCCAAAGAGACUGUCGGUUGAGAGGAUCUACCAGAAAAAGACGCAGUUGGAGCACAUUUUGCUGAGACCAGACACCUACAUAGGCUCUGUAGAGCCUGUCAGUCAACAAAUGUGGGUGUAUGAUGAGAAUGUUGGACUGAACUGCCGUGAUGUGACCUUUGUUCCUGGGCUCUACAAGAUUUUUGAUGAGAUCCUCGUAAAUGCAUCUGACAAUAAGCAAAGGGAUAAGAGCAUGUCCUGCAUCCGUGUCAACAUCGAUGUGGAGAACAACACCAUCAGUGUGUGGAAUAAUGGAAAGGGAAUCCCUGUGGUAGAGCACAAGGUGGAGAAAGUCUAUGUGCCUGCUCUCAUUUUUGGACAGCUCCUUACUUCCAGUAACUACGAUGAUGACCAGAAGAAAGUCACUGGUGGCCGUAAUGGAUAUGGUGCAAAACUUUGCAAUAUCUUCAGUACAAGGUUCACUGUGGAGACUGCUUGUAAAGAGUCAAAGAAGGUUUUCAAGCAGACUUGGUAUGAUAACAUGGAGAGAGCAGGAGAUUCCACCAUCAAACCUUUUGAGGGAGAGGAGUACACUUGCAUCACCUUCAGACCGGAUCUGGCCAAAUUUAACAUGAGCAUCCUGGACACAGAUACAGUCGCUCUAAUGACUAGGAGAGCGUAUGACAUCGCUGGUUCCACAAAGGGUGUCAAAGUGUUCUUCAAUAGCAAGAGGCUGCCAGUUACAGGAUUUCGCAGCUAUGUGGACAUGUAUGUGAAAGACAAGGUGGAUGAGCUGGGCAGUCCCCUCACUGUGGUCCAUGAAGUGGUCAAUGACCGCUGGGAGAUCUGCCUCACCAUGAGUGAGAAAGGUUUCCAGCAAGUCAGCUUUGUCAACAGCAUUGCUACAACAAAGGGAGGCCGACACAUAGACUAUGUGGCUGACCAGGUGGUUGGAAAGCUCAUCGAAGUGGUGAAGAAGAAGAACAAAGCUGGCGUGGCUGUGAAACCUUUCCAGGUGAAAAACCACAUGUGGCUGUUUGUGAACUGCCUGAUUGAGAACCCCACCUUUGACUCUCAGACUAAAGAGAAUAUGACACUGCAGCAGAAGAACUUUGGCUCCACUUGUCCACUCGGUGAUAAAUUCAUUAAACAGGCCACGGGAUGUGGGAUUGUGGAAAGUAUCAUGAACUGGGUGAAGUUCAAAGCUCAGUCUCAGCUCAACAAGAAAUGCUCAGCGGUGAAGCACACAAAAAUCAAAGGGGUGCCAAAACUGGAUGAUGCCAAUGAUGCAGGUGGAAAAAACUCAAUCUGCUGCACGCUGAUCCUUACUGAGGGAGACUCGGCCAAGACUCUUGCUGUGUCUGGGCUGGGAGUGGUUGGGAGAGACCGCUACGGUGUGUUCCCUCUCCGGGGAAAAAUGCUCAAUGUUCGGGAAGCCUCUCACAAACAGAUUAUGGAAAAUGCUGAAAUCAACAAUAUCAUCAAGAUCCUUGGUCUUCAGUACAAGAAAAACUACAGUGACCCAGAAUCCCUGAAGAGUCUGCGUUAUGGCAAGAUCAUGAUCAUGACAGAUCAGGAUCAAGAUGGAUCCCAUAUUAAAGGCCUACUGAUCAACUUCAUCCAUCACAACUGGCCAUCUCUGCUUCACCAUAACUUUCUAGAAGAGUUCAUCACACCCAUCAUCAAGGCAUCUUUCAAGAAAACGCAGCUGUCUUUCUACAGUAUCCCUGAAUUCGAUGCAUGGAAAGAGAGCCAGCCUAAUCACAAAUCUUGGAAAAUCAAAUACUACAAAGGUUUGGGAACUAGCACAUCGCAGGAAGCCAAGGAGUACUUCUCUGAUAUGCAGAGACACCGUAUCCCAUUUAAGUACUCUGGCCCUAAGGAUGACGAAGCUAUCACCCUUGCCUUUAGCAAGAAGAAGGUGGAUGAGAGGAAAGAGUGGCUCACAAACUUCAUGAACAACAGGCGCCAGCGCCGGGAGCACAACCUUCCAGAGGAUUACCUGUAUGGUCAGUCAACCAAGUCCUUGUCUUACAAUGACUUUGUCAACAAGGAACUUGUGCUUUUCUCCAAUUCUGACAACGAGAGGUCUAUUCCUUGCUUGGUGGAUGGUAUGAAACCAGGACAGAGGAAGGUGCUGUACUGCUGCUUUAAGAGGAAUGAUAAGCGGGAGGUGAAGGUUGCACAGCUAGCUGGCUCAGUGGCUGAGAUGUCAGCAUACCACCAUGGAGAGGUAUCUCUGAUGAUGACAAUCGUUGGUUUAGCCCAGAACUUUGUGGGAAGCAACAAUAUGAACCUGCUGCAGCCUUUGGGACAGUUUGGAACCAGGUUGCACGGCGGCAAGGACUCAGCCAGCCCUCGAUACAUCUUCACUAUGCUCAGCCCCCUGGCUCGCCUUGUUUUCCCAGCAGUGGAUGACAACCUGCUCAAGUACAACUAUGAUGAUAAUCAGCGAGUAGAGCCUGAGUGGUACAUUCCCAUCAUCCCCACUGUGCUGGUAAAUGGCACUGAAGGUAUUGGGACUGGCUGGGCCAGCAAGAUUCCCAAUUAUGACAUCCGUGAGAUCAUCACUAACCUCCACAGAAUGCUCAAUGGCCAGGAACCUUUGCCCAUGCUUCCAAACUACAAGAACUUCAGAGGCACAAUUGUGCAGGUGAUGGAUAACCAGUACAUAAACAGUGGAGAGGUGGCCAUCCUUGACUCCACCACCAUUGAAAUCUCUGAAUUACCAGUCAAAACCUGGACCCAGACCUACAAGGAGAAUGUUCUGGAGCCAAUGUUGAACGGAACAGAGAAAGUUCCUCCUCUAAUCACCGACUACAAGGAAUAUCACACCGAUACCACCGUCCGCUUCCUUGUCAAGAUGACAGAAGAGAAGCUGAGGGAGGCAGAGGCCGCUGGCCUCCAUAAAGUCUUCAAGUUGCAGAACCCCCUCACCUGUAACUCUAUGGUUCUGUUUGACCAUGUGGGCAGCUUGAAAAAGUACGAGUCGGUUCAGGAUAUCUUCAAGGACUUUUUUGAGUUGAGGAUGAAGUACUAUGUUCUGAGGAAGGAUUGGUUGACUGGCAUGCUCGGAGCGGAAAGUGCCAAACUCUCAAACCAGGCCCGUUUCAUCUUGGAGAAGAUUCAGGGCACCUUGAUCAUUGAAAACAAGCCAAAAAAGGAACUGAUUCGCAUGCUUCAGCAAAUGGGCUACGACUCAGACCCUGUUAAAGCUUGGAAACAGGCUCAGGAAAAGAAUGAGGAGGAACUGGAGGAUGAGGAGGAGGAAGGAACAGAAAAAGAGGACAACAGUGGACCUGACUAUAACUACUUGCUGAGCAUGCCCAUGUGGUUCCUGACCAAGGAGAAGAAAGAAGAGCUGUGCAGACAGAGGGAUGCUAAGAUGACAGAGCUGAACAACCUGAAGAAAAAGACCCCACCAGACAUGUGGAGAGAGGACCUUGCUGCUUUCUCAGAAGAACUAGAGCGCAUUGAGGCAAAAGAAAAAGAGAGCGCCAGUGUCCCUGUAAAGGGGACUGGAAAAGGCAAAGCUCUGAAGGUGAAGAAGGAGACUUUGCCCACACCACAGGGCCGCCGGGUCAUUCCCCGCAUCACCAGCACAAUGAAAGCUGAAGCCAACAGGAAGGCUGAUCUGAAGAGAGGAGAGGGCAAGAGAGGCAAGAAAGUCAAGACUGAAGAUGUGGUAAUGAAGAUGGAAUUUGAUGUGGAUGCAGAAAACAUUGAACCAGUUGAGGAAAUGGGUUUGGCUUCACGGCUGGCCAAGAAACCUAAACCCGAGUCCAAAGAGAGUGCCAUUUCAAAGAUUGGAAAGCAGACCACUCUUCAGUUCAAACCUGUUGCCAAGAAGCCAAAGAAGAAUCUGUGGUCAGAUGAGGAAUCUGAAGGCUUCUCAGGAAGCGAACCGGAGGCAGAGGAAGUGGCUGCCCCCAGGGAGAGGAUAGAACGCAAAACAAAAGCUCCUGUGAAGUACAGCUUAUCUGACAGUGAAGACGAAUUUGAUGACUGUGGAAAGAAGAGCUCUCCAAAGAGAAAAGCUGCUAUCAGUGAUGAUGAUGCAAGCUUUGCCCCCGAGCCCACCGCCAUGUCGGACAGCGACGUCAACUCACCAGCGCCACCUCCUAAAGCUCCAAAGCCCAUGGUGAAGGAGCUAAAGAGCAAGACGAAAGGUAAAGAAAUCAAGGCAUCCUCUUCGUCUGAUGAUCCAGAUCCGGCAUCCAAGCGUCCGGCUCAACGUAAACCCAAAGAGGCAGCACCCAAAAAAGCUGCUCCGACAAAGAAACCGGCUGCCUCCAAGAAGAAAGCAGCAGAUGAGAAGCAGCCUUCUAUUCAGGAUGCUUUCUCCAAGCCCAAACCUCCCUCCAAGAUUGCUGCCAAAAAGGUUCCUACGUUUGACUCCAGUGAUGAAGAGGUUGAAGGGAACAUUCGAGCAAAAAAGGCAAAACCUGUUUUAAAACGAAAACAGGCGGUCAUUGACGAGUCGGACAGCAGCUCAGGCGACCUCAUGUCACGUCUCAAAGCUAAAUCACAUACUGCUGGAAAGAAAACCAAGAAGUGGAAUGAAGAUGAUAGCUUCCAGAUUUCAGACCAAGAGGAAGAAGCUCCUGUUGCCAUGGCACCACGGGAUAAACCCUCGCGUGCUCGAAAACCUGUUACCUACAACCUGGAUUCAGACUCGGAUGAAGACUUUUAAACAUUGUUUUAAGAUUUUUUUGCAAAGAAGACAACAGUUUUAGUUAACCAAGCAUACAUGUUCCAUUCAAUACAUCAUCACUGUUAUACCCAGAAGUUGUUUCUGCCCACUCAGCUCGAAUAAACCUUAGAACUAAUUUUAAACAA